GAGAGAGAGAGAGAGAGAGAGAGAGGGGAUAAAGCGUUUCUGAAUACGGGCUAGAGUUCUCCCUAACACCUCUCUAGUCUGUAACUCAGUGCACUUCCGUAAACAACCACUUCACUUUCAUGAAACACGAUGUUGAAAAGAAAUGUUUUCCACCACAAAUGUGCCGCUGAAAGUACUCUGUGAAUUGAAUUGUGCUUCGAUGAAUACGGAACCAAAUGACUGACAGACGAUGAGGCACCAGUGAGUGAGAAUGAGGGUGUCUAUGGCCCGCUGAGUGAGUGGUGAUGACGUGGUGGUAUAGAGUGAUGGCGCUGGUGACUGUGUGUGAUGUUGUUCUUCUGGGAGCCUCCGAGGAACCAGCCAUGGUGGUGGAGGGCGUGGUAGGAGGACGCGUCCAGCUCCCAUGCCACUUCAAGACCAGAAGACCUGGUGACGCUCCCAAAUUAGUGCUGUGGUAUAAGGUAUCUGAGGACGAAAAUCUGAGGCCGCUCUUCAGUCGAGAUCUGCGCGCGUACAAGGCAGCCAAGCAGCUUUCCCAGCCUGACGGAAGCCUGCAGGUGGAGAGAACCAGCGCCACCCUCACUUACCGCCGACUCGACCCGCUCCACGCCGGUCUGUAUGAGUGUCACGUCGACUUCUUCAACUCCCCCGUCCAUGUUAGUCGCGUGCAGCUCGUGGUGGUGGAGCCCGUCGAGAGGGUGGACAUCCUGGAAGAGGGAGGCGUUGAGGUGCGGGAUGGAGUGUUGGGGCCUUACCCUGCUGGACACAUCCUCAACGUGACUUGCCUUGCUCGCCAAGGUGUGCCGCUGCCCAGUGUGCGGUGGUGGACGGGCGGGAUGGUUCUCAAGAGCUCCCGGGAGGUGGUGGAGGCGAAGGUAGAAAACAACUUGGUGGUGGAAAACAUUUCCCGCGCAUGGCACCUCAGACAACUCACCUGCACAGCCAACAACUCCCGCCUGUAUCGGGCCGCAGUUGCCACCGUCACCGUGCACAUGAUCCUGUUGCCGGUGAGCGUGAGGUUGCGCGUGCCCGUCCCGCUAGUGGUGGGGCAGAGGGCCAUACUGCGGUGUGAGGCUACUGGCUCCAAUCCCGCCCCACGCCUCUCCUGGAUCUUGCAACAAAUAGCGAUGAGAGAAAGCAAGAGCUGGGAGGAAGGUAACAAAACAUUCAGUGAGUUGAUUCUCAACGUAACUCGCCAUCUGCACCUGGCACGGGUCACCUGCUCCGCUACCAAUCUCGCCCUCAACGCCAGCCUCACCAACUUCACCACACUCACCGUGCAUUACCCACCAUCAGUACGGGCGUCUCUGGGCCAGCCGCUACGCGCUGGCUCAUUAAAGGAGGGAGACAACGUGUAUUUCACUUGUUCCGUGGCCGCCAAUCCCUCAACAACAGCCAUCACAUGGUUCCAUGAGGGGCGCCAGGUGGUGCAGAAUAGGAGUGCGGGUGUGGUCACCAGCCGCAGCUCCCUGGUGAUGCGCAACGUAGGACGGCACCAGGCUGGCCGGUACAGCUGCGAGGCUGCAAACACGCUGGCCAGGGUGCGCAGCGCCGCUGUCACCCUCACCAUCAAAUAUAGACCCAAGUGCGUGGCAUCUGUCACCACUUACUUCAUCUAUGAUAAGCCUGUCACUGUGAACUGUACCGUGACAUCUCUCCCGUCGCCUGACUCCAUCUACUGGCAGUGGGAGGACAAAGAUGAGAUGACGAGUGCUGAACUCCUGAAGCGUGGCAGAAGCGUGACCACCUCCCUACUGACGGUGGCAUCCUCCACCAGCCACCGCCGAAAGCUGUACUGCUGGGCCACCAAUCAGAUCGGUGACCAAAUAGUUCCCUGUAACUUCACUAUUCGAGAGGUGGGCGUGCCGGGCUGGUCCUGCCGCGUGGUGCAUAUCAGUACCUCCUCCCUCACCCUCGUCUGCCUCACGCCACCACAGUUGGAGGAAAACGCCACCACGCUGUACACUGCAGAGGUGUAUCUAUGGAACAAAACGCUGCUUGCCAACGUCACCUCCACAAGCCCAACCUUCAACGUAAGUCACUUGCACGCGGCCACGAAUUACAGGCUGAAGGUGUACGUGACUUACGGCCGUAUCACUUCCCCGCCUGUGUUGGUGAGCGCUUAUACCUCUGACACUCCUGCAAAGCGAGGUGGUGGCAGCGUGCAGGGCGGGCGGCUGGGCGGGGCGGUGGGUGGCAUGGUGGUGGCGGCGGCUUUAGCAUCGACGGCCGUAUGUGCCAGACUGUACAGGGGCCGGCGGGUUCCUAGGCGCACAGGCACCAAGACCCUUCACUUGGUGGCCACCACAGAGGACACGCGGCCAAUGCUUCGCCCAGGAGGCGAGUGCCAGCCCGCCACUGUCCUGGAGGAGGAGGACGAAGAAGAUAUGCUAGCUAGACUAGAUGACGAGGAAGCACCGAUGAUGGGAAAGGAGGAGGAAGAAGAGGAAGAGGAUCAAGUGUUCAGGGUUGUGGUGGAUCCGCUGAGCUGCAGCGCCGGCCUGGUGCGACACAAGCAGGAAGCUGCAUCUGCCCUCCACGAGGUGAAGAUUAAAACCACCGCCGCCAAGAAGGCCGAGACCACAAGUGGCGAAAAGCUGCACAUUGGAGAGUGGAUGCAGCUGGUGCCUCAGGAGUGUGAAGAUUCGCUAGCUAGAAAACUGCAGCACGUUGCUGGUGAUAAGAACCACCGAGAACAACAGCAGCAGCAGCAGCAGCUUGGCGAGUGGCUGCAGCACAUGCCUGGAGACUGGGUGGUUGCCUCCUCCCUCCACGAGCCUCUCCUUCACUUCCCUGCACACAAGUCCCCUGGCUUGUGGAUACGCCCGCCUCCUCAGGAGAGUUACUGCGCACAGUCCGGUUCACUCUCCCUCGAGAGCAAUGGAAAUGGUCACAAUCCUGUGAAAUUUAGCACAACUCAAGUGGUAGAGAAGUGCUCGAUAGAAGAGGCCUCGUAUGAUGGUGAUGGACUGGCGGAAAACUAUGAGGACUGGAGGGUCAAAUUCUCCCCGAAUAUGAAGUUAGAUAGCUUGCCAAAGACUUUGAGGCCUCAAUCAAUACACAGGUCUGACUUUAGAUAUAACAGCUUAAGACUGCCGGCUUUUCGUCUACUUGAGGGCAACUAUAACCAUCCGCCUGGAGCUUCACACCAACCGGGCACGCUGCCAGAGGAUGCCAACAACAACAACAACAACAACAGUAUCGACACAAGUAGAAACACACAACACGAAACAAUCUUUGAUACCAACAGCAACUUCAAUCGCAAUAGUUUGUUCCUGCCACCCAACACAAUCCGUGACGACCUUUCUUGGAGCUUGCCACACCCACUACGGACAGAGACCCGCCGGCAACCCCAACGCCAAGUACUUCACGAGCAGGAAGGAAGCCACCCGCCGGCCAUGCUGCAGCGUCUCCAGCGGGUGGCACAGCCUCGAUCCCGCUCCACGGUAGGCGGAGAGCAGCCGUCAUCAAGUAUGAUGAGCGAACACGAGCUUGCUGGACAGGAGCAGGCCGCUAAAGAUUCUCCUCGUUCCAUGUGGCGACUCAGGUUUUCUGAGGAAACUAUUCUUUGAGACUUCCACCAAUAUGUGAGAUUAUUAAGAAAGGAAUGAACUAUGUGUGAUACUUAUUGCUUUUCAGUAACAUUAGAAGAAGCUUAAGUGGAGUUCAUGUUUGUAGCUAUGAAGCUCCUCUGGAUCAUACGUCAGUCUGUCUGCCUCGCUCAAGUUCCGUCCACACCACACCAGUGAGCCUUAGUCAUAUAUAGAAGGUUAUCUUGCCGUUCUCUUUGUAAUGAGAGCGACCCCUUAGUCACAAUGCAGAUGUCUGAGGUGAUGGUCGUUAAUGAUGUAUAUUUGUUACGGUUAUUUUGCGAAAUUGGUGGUUUUGCAAAGUUCCCGGUCAUUUUGCAGAUAAAUCAAAAUCAUGGAAUGUUUGCAAAAUCACCUUAAUUGUCUGGUUACUGUGCAAAAAUAACACGCAGAAAGGAUAUUUUGCAAAAAUGUCUGGUUACUUUGCAAAACAAAUAAAAAAGGAAUACUUUACAUUUAUAUUAUUUUUUUAAUUCUUGUACACUAACAUUAAAAAUUUUAAUAAUGUACUUUAAUACUUACCAUAAUAUAAUAUAAUUUUGUAAAUAAAUAAAACUUUUGAUUUGUAAAUGUAAAAAUGUAAAGUAGUCCUUUAAAACGGUUAAAUAUUAUUUGUUUUUACAAGCAGAACCGCAUUUGCAUCGGCUGUUGCAGACAUUCUGAUUCUUAUAACACCUGCAGCGGUUGUUGUUACAAAACAUGGAGCAGAUACACUUUAUAAAAUCUUGUCCAUGACCCAUGGAGUCUGCAUUUGCUGCUUCACGAAGGCUUAUCUCUCUUUCCUGGUUCACAUCGUCAAUAGAUAGGAACUGCUGCUCACAUGAAUUGAACUGAUUUCUUGUAUAAUGCUGUUUCAAAAAUCCCGUGCCUCGUUCCAAGUUUGUAUGUCCCACUUUCAUCCACUUUAAGUACAACGGCCUUCGCAUUAGUGAACUCUUCACGUCCACGAUCAACAAGAGGGAUCGGAACCAUUACAGUGUCACCGACCUCACCUUUCUUGAAACUCAUAGUUGAAACCAGCUGCAUUUGCUGUGCUUGAUUAUGUUGCUUUCUACUAGCUCCUUCUCUUUCAGCUUCAAUCUCCUGCUUUCGGGCACAGAGGUAGCAGAGAUCUUCAUCCACAGAGCAUGGAUCUCCACAGUCCCUGCCCAUGGAAGUUAUGCUGUCCUGCAUAUUGCCGGCUGCUAAUGCUUCAGUGAGUUGCUCCUCCGUCUCAAAUCCUUCCUCGACGGCCUCCGGUAGAUUCGUUGCAGUAAUACCAAGAUGAGGUUUCUGGCCAAACAUUGCUUCAUAGGGUGUUCUCCUAAUUCCAGCGUGAAACCGUAUGUUCGAGAGGAUUGGCUUGACGACCACAGACUUCCGGACACUGAAUUUUUUUAGUUGACAUUCUUCACAGAAUUGCAGGAAGACUUUCAUCUGAUCUAUAGUUAUGUUUGCAUAUUUCUCACUCAGUGCUUUAGAAAGAAUAUUCCUUCCUCCAUGUCCGUUAGCAAGAUGGGCAGCUUUAAUGGUAUCAAACAGAUCUUCAGCACAAACGUAUCUAAGAACAGUUCUUUUUUUAACUAGCUUUUGCACGGCUGUCUCUUCAACAGAUAUUUCCAUGACAUCGUAUUUUCUUAGAAGCCGAUAAUCCUUUUGAGUCUUCUUCACCUCCGAUUUUUCAAGUUCUUUCAUUCGGUUCACAAUUUCCUCGUAUUCACACUUUUUCAACAAGCACGAUGCAUUAUACGACUUCUUUUUCUGUGCUUCAGACAGCAUUGAGUCAAACUUCGCCUUCAUUCCAUCCAUCGUUGGAUAAUAAACAGAGGUCUACACCACAGCACCACCAAUCGUAACGACGAGAAGGCGAGAAGCACACUGUUUAACUGGGACAGCCGCAGUAACCUCAGUACCUAUAGCAGCAGUCAGCCCGCCCUCGCUUGACCUUCAGUAGUGCACGACUGUUAACAGCGUUAAGGCGGUGUCACACUAGCACUUUUUCCGUCGAUUAAUGCGAUUUCUGUCGAUUUUUCAACGUUCCGCAUGAACUUAUCGCAUGAAUUUGUCAGACGAUAGGGAUCGUUUCCGUCUGCA